AUGGAUCCCUCAACUUCCGUAGUGCACCGCGCGCUCGCGGUCGACGAGAUCCUCACAUUGAUCAUGGGCUCGCUCUUCUCGUUCAGGUUUCGUACUCUGGCAUCGCUCGCGAGGACGUGCAAGAUGCUGAACGAGGCAGCCAUACCCCUGCUCUGGCAGACUCUCUACAGCCUCUCGCCGCUCUUGCGGCUGCUUCCGCCCGGUGCAGUAACAGAAGGCCGUGAUGAGCAGGAUAGAAUUAUACUCAUCGUCGCCCAACAAAGCAAUCUCGACUGGACGCGGUUCGAUCACUACGCACGCCAUGUACAUGACCUCCACCGGUCCUCCCCGGCCGACUUCUCAGCCGAUUCUCUGGCUGUCCUUUUCGCCCUCCACCCUCCCGCCCAGCCGCCCCUCCCGCAGCUCCGCACCCUCAACUGGGUUGGAUCCCUCGAGGAGCACUCCUGUCUCGUCCGGUACCUCCUCACGCCGACCCUCAAAUGUCUAAGGUUCGAUUCAUUCGAUAUCCCGGAGAGCGACGUGAUAUCGCUCAUGGAGGAUGUGCGUGCGGUGUGCCGGGGUCUCAAGUGCCUCGUGCUUCAUUUCAAGACGCGCGACGGCCCCAUGUGUCGCAUCCCGGACGUGCUCAAGUCCGCAUGUAUCUCCCCAGACUGGCUCAACGUGUCUCUCCUGCCGCUCCUCCGCGACUUGCCGGAGCUCCAGACGUACAAAGCCAUAUGGAACAUGACUGCACCCCGUGUCGAAGCAUUGGCCAUGCUCCCCCAGCUCACGACGCUGCACUUGUCCUUCGACUUUGGCGCCAUCGAAGCAGUGACUGCUCGCCUCCCCGUCCCGCAGGAUGUCCCGUUCUUCCCUGCACUGAAGACGUUGUUUCUCGCUGUAGACGAGUUGGAUGAACACGCGAACGUGUUCCUUGGCGCCAUACAGAGCCCCGCCCUCCAGGUACUAGUGCUCUACGCCGAAAAGCAGCCCACCGCCGCCGAACUUCACGACAGCCUCGCCGUUAUCGCGCGCGCGCCGUACCGCUACUCGCUAACGACCCUACAACUGGACACUCCAGUAUAUGACCAUGGGGGCAUGGGGUUCGACGUUGGCGACGCCAUCUACCCCCUUUACGCCCUCCCCGGCAUCCGCACCCUUAUAUUCCGCGGCUUCAUAAUCUCCGCUGGCCCAGACACGCUCCGCGAUAUCGCACACGCCUGGCCAAAGCUCGAGGUCCUCGCACUGUGCUGUAUCCCCCUGCCACAGCCGAUGAGCGGUGUACCGCGCGUCACUCUCGCCGACCUCGUGCCCUUCGCGCUCCAGUGCCCGCGUCUGCGCGCACUGGCUCUGGAGAUCCACGACGCUACGGUUCCGGACGCGGCGGCGAUCGCCCAGCUGCUGCCCACCCCAUCGCGCCACGCGCUGCAGAUCCUGGCCGUGCACAACGCCCCAGACGUGGAUGCGCACCAGGCGGCGGCCUUUUUGGCACGCUUGUUCCCCGAGCUACGGGACUUGAGACACUCAUCUUCCGCAGACUUCAUCGCGGGCUUUGAGAUCGUUUGGGUGAGGAUACGUCCCGACUAUGACUGGAUGAGGAUACAGCAUGACUACCAGGACAAGUGGGCGAUGGUGGACGAUCUCCUCGCGGGCAGGGCGACGGCCCUGCCCGAUGAGCCCUUGGAUCGGCACGACGUACGGGAUAUGCAGUGUGCAGAGGUUCGGCCAUUUGUCGUCCGUCCGCGUUACUUUUUCUCCUUCGACGCGAUACUUGAUAUGUAG